CUCACCUCCGAGCCUUCAGUCUGGCGCGGGACGCGACACCGAGCGCACGUUGCCCGUCCAAACAGCGCGCACGUCCAAAUCGCGGGUUGAAAAUAAAGAUUGCUAAAUUAAAUUGCUAGUGUAAACCUAUUCUGUGGGUAGUGUUUUGUUCCCUGCCCAGUGACGUCACAAAGGUGGGCUUAAGUUCGGAGACGAUUGUAUUUAAAUGUUCGAGAGCUAAACAGUAUUUUCAGUGGAAGUAAUCAGCUGAGCCGAGAAAUGCCGAACAAAGUCGAAGUAGGAAACGAAGCGAAAGUGUUCCAAAAUUAAACUGCCAUGACAUCCGAGGAGCCUAUCGAUGUCGUCGCCAAAAAAGACGCCAAAAAAACAGAUGAGUGCACAAACUUUGAAAUACCAGAAAAUAAAAAAGAUAAAGUAGUUGUACCCGUAGCAGAUCAGAAACAAAAACGUUCACAUGAACUGAUGAGGCUAGUGUACGAGCUCCCAGAUGAAAUAAAACCUCCGAGUAUAAUAGAAAACAACAACAUGUUGAAAGAAAACCCACCGAUCACGAUCGUGGAGAUCACCGAACAGAAUGGUUGUGCUGAGUUAAAUGCUACUCAAUGUGAUAACGAUUAUUUUAAAGUAGACGGCAGUCCUGAGGACUUAGGCAAUAAGGUGGUAUACGACGUGCUGGCGACAAACGAACUGAUAAUGCACUGCACCGAGGAGUUCAAAGAGGUUAUAGAUAGGUCGACGCCCGAUGAGUGUAGCGAUGAGGAUCUAGUAGAAUUAAAGAGGCUCUUGGAGGGGAACCCGAAAGUUCUGGACAGGUAUAUUCGGGAGUGCGCGAGUACGGAUGAGGUGACGAGGCUGCACAGCUUGACGUCAUCAGGGCCGUUGUCUCCGCGACCGCAUCACGAGGCGCGGAGCACGUCUGUGACGUCAGACCUCUUCCAACUGUGGCUAUCGUCGUCUCCAGUUAAGAGGUCCAGAUCUCCAAGUGGGUCAGCACAGAAGCAGCUAGAUGAAGCGGACCUGUUCAUGGACCUCAUCAAAGACGUCGCCAAUGAACUGGAUAUAGACGUGCUGUGUCAUAAGAUCCUCGUAAACGUUUGUCUUCUCACGUCAGCAGACCGAGGCAGCUUGUUCCUAGCAAAAGGAACUCCCCCUAGCAGAUAUCUUCAGGCCAAACUCUUUGAUGUUACCAGGGAUACCGAAUUAAACGACGCACUACGCACGGCACGAACUCAAGAAAUCAAAAUCCCCUUCGGUGUUGGAGUAGCAGGUUUAGCAGCACAGACAAAGCACCCCAUUAAUAUUAAAAACGCUUAUGCUGACCCUAGGUUUAACAGUGAGAUCGACGCUCGCACCGGCUACAAGACGGAGCUCAUCUUGUGCAUGCCGAUCUGUAACUACGAAGGCGAUGUGGUGGGAGUGGCGCAGAUAAUUAACAAGACUGAUGGAUCCAAAGAAUUCUCUCCGCGAGAUGUGGAAGUGUUUCGACGGUACCUAACUUUCUGUGGCAUCGGUAUACAAAACGCCCAACUCUUCGAGUCGUCGGUCUUGGAGUACAAGAGGAACCAGAUCCUUUUAGCACUAGCCAGGAGUAUAUUCGAGGAGCAAAGCAAUUUAGAAUGUUUAGUCACGAAGAUCAUGACGGAGGCGAGGGAACUCCUGAAGUGUGAAAGAUGUGCUGUCUUUAUAUCGGAUACGGAUCAUUGUGAAUCGAGCCACUUGGAGCGCAUCGUGCAGCGCCCCGGCGGCCAGAAGUCCACGAUGCCGGCGCUGCCGCCGCCCGCGCCCACGCGCUUCCACACCCUGUUCGAGCUCGGAGCUCACCAGUCGCGGACCACGCUCACACCACGACACGACCACAAGUCUACGCUCGCGUCUAUUGCCUUGGCGGUGAGGUUACUUUGGUUCUUUGUUAUAGUGAAAGGAGACUGCAUAUUUAGAGAAUUCUCACAUUCUGACCUCCAGGUGGCCCAAUCCAACAAGGCUCUAAACAUCUCUGACGUGAUAGACUGGCGGCGAGAGAACGGUAUGUUCGUGGCGGACCUGGCGGCAGACGAUGCAGCCAACGUCAGGACCAUGCUGUGCAUGCCCAUCGUCAACGCGAACAAGGACGUCAUAGGCGUCGCGCAGCUUAUUAAUAAGGAGAAUGGAUGCCAGUUCACGGAUGGCGAUAUUUCAAUAUUUGAAGCGUUCGCCAUAUUCUGUGGGUUGGGGAUCCAUAACACACAAAUGUAUGAGAAUGCUUGCAAGCUCAUGGCUAAACAAAAGGUGGCGCUCGAAUGUCUGUCGUACCACGCAACAGCUUCCACGGAGGACACGAGCAGGCUGUGCCAGGACAACAUACCUUCCGCGGAGAUAUACAACUUGUACAGUUUUCAGUUCCAUGACUUCGACCUGUCAGACGAGGACACUUGUCGCGCCACGCUACGCAUGUUCUUGCAGUGCAACCUGGUCGAGAAAUUUCACAUACCGUACGAUGUUCUUUGUCGCUGGAUACUGAGCGUCAAAAAAAACUACCGACCAGUAAAGUACCACAACUGGAGACACGCACUAAACGUAGCACAGACAAUGUUCGCAAUGCUGAAGACUGGCAAGAUGGAGAGGUUCAUGUCGGACCUGGAGAUCCUGGGUCUGCUGGUGGCCUGCCUCUGCCACGACCUGGACCACAGGGGAACAAACAACGCCUUCCAAACGAAGACUGAGAGCCCGCUGGCGAUACUGUACUCCACCUCGACGAUGGAACACCACCACUUUGAUCAGUGUGUCAUGAUACUGAAUAGUGAAAGUAAUAAUAUUUUCCAGGCCCUUUCACCAGUCGACUAUAAAGACGUGAUGAGGGUAGUCGAAACUGCAAUCCUAUCGACAGACCUGGCGAUGUACUUCAAGAAGCGCUCCAAGUUCCAUGAGUUGGUGGAAAACGGAGAGUUCGACUGGCAGAGUCAGGAGAAGAAAGAAUUACUUUGCGGCAUGAUGAUGACGGCUUGCGACGUGUCAGCGAUCGCCAAGCCAUGGGAGGUGCAGCACAAAGUGGCCAAACUUGUGGCCGACGAGUUCUUCGACCAAGGAGACCUGGAGAAACUGCAGCUGAACCAGCAACCAAUCGCUAUGAUGGACAGAGAGAAAAAAGACGAGCUUCCUCAAAUGCAAGUGGGCUUCAUCGACAUGAUCUGUCUCCCGCUGUACAAGGUGCUGUCGGACACGUUCCCCUGGAUCCUGCCGCUCUACUCCGGCACGCUGGACAACCGCCAGCGCUGGCAGGACCUCGCCGAGAAGGUGGAGAUGGGACUCACGUGGAUCGAUCAUGAUACCAUCGAUAAACCUAUUGAGGAAUUUACUGCAUUAAAUGAGCCAAUAAAAGACGUGGAGCUGACAGUUCAGACCCUGAACUGCUCGAAGCCGAUCCCCGAGAGCAGCAGCAGCAUGGCGCUGGUGAAGCCGCUGAAGACUUCCUUCCACUCUCUACGAAGAGGCAAGAGCACGAACUUUACAACGCGACCGGCCCGGAGUAAGCUCACUAGAUCAAUGUACGCGGCAGCAAGCUCGCGGGAAAGCGAGAGGCCGCCGCUGGUGAAGAAGAGCACGGUGGUGAGCGACAACCACCAAACAACGGUGGUGGCUGAGGAGCAGCCCGCCAAGACGAAACACAAGGGCCGCCUGUGCCACAUGUUGUGACGGUUGAGCUUGAACUGGGGCAGCCAGAACAGCACAGAAAAACCUGAGAAGCUGGACAGAGUGAAGCCGUCCAAAUCGAUCGAUUAAAUGACAUUAGUCAUCACUUUUGCGUCACUUUAAGAAAUUGACAACCAUGACAAUUUGUAGAACAUGGUAUAUCGAAUUAUCGAGGAAAAUGCUGACACUAAAUGCACUAGGCUUUUCAUUAUAGUCAUCGGUAACUUCAAAGGUAUUUUGCCAAGUUGUCGAGAUUUUGACAAAGUGACGGAAGAGCAUAAGGUUGUAAACUCUUCUUCGGCUUUUGAGCCAAAUGUCGUUUUACUAAUAGUCGUUAUCGUUGUACAUUUCUACUGUUAGACAUCGUAUUAAGUAGAUUAUGUGGUACUUGUAUUUUAUUUUGGCUGAACAAAACAAUCACUCGACAACCCACAUUUUCUUUGAUACAAUUUUCUAGAUUUAAAAUCUACAGAAGAAUUUUUGAAUGCAAUAAAAUGAGUGAAUCGAUUCCUAAUUUCUUAUGUAAAUUUAUUGAAUAUUUUUGUUCAGCCAAAUAAAGUUUUAGUGAACAAAAACAUUAAAAUAAAAUUUUUAGUAUUUAAAUCUCUGCGUCUUUUUGACGUGAACGUGUUUCCUGUAAACAAACUCUAGGUAAAUGUUUAUCUAAUUAAAUGUAUUAUUUACAUAGACUGUGAUCUAGUAUUACUUCACGAUGUUCUAUUUUAAAAGUAACAGGCUUGAUAGAUUUGUAUGGUAUACCUUACUUUUGUAAUGUUCUAGUAGUGCUACCUCGUUUGAUUGAUUAUCCGGUCUUUUCAAUUUUGCAGUAUUUUGAUUAUACUUAUUAAUGAAAUCUUAUUUCUUCUUCAUUUUUAAUAAAUGAAUAUUUUCUUUUGAGAUAUUUUCUGUCACUUUGACAGUUUUACGUAAAUCUAUCGUCUGUUUAAAUUUUAAAAUGGAAUGAUCGUUUCUUGGCCUGUGAAAUAAGGUGUACGAUGUAACUACUAAGGGUGUAAGGUGAUGUUUUCGUAUUUUACAUUUAAAACGUUCAAUUAAAUUAUUUUUAUUGGAGUUAAAAGUAUUACGAUGCUAGUCGUGUGUUAUGUUAUAUAGAUAUUUAUUAAUGUUACUGUCAAACGUAAUGUUACGUCCAUUUGCUUAUGAAGCUUGGUUUGUGCGAUAUCACAGAUAUUCGAUCCAGUCUUCAAGUAUUUGAGAUUAUUUUUAUUACCUGUACGAUUAAGUGACAGCAAUAUUUUAGCGAUUUUCUAAUAUGUAAUGUUUUCAGUACAAGAGUGAGAAGCUUGGGUGAUGUAACUUUUGUACACGCGAUAUUUUCGAUAGUUCGACAUCCAUUGCUGACUUGGUGGAGUACUUUUUCGAUCUUCGUAAACAAGAACAUCAAUGGAUGUUGAAAGCAAGUAAAAGGAAGGUUACACGUUGUGUACAUGAGUCAUAAGAUUUUAAAUUAAAUUUUAAAUCUUUUUGGAUUAAACGUUUUAGCAUUUUAACGAUUACUGUAUAAAUACAUACUUGUCCUUCGAAUGACGUAGUCCGAAUAUUGUUACGCAAUAGUAAUAUGAUUUUCAUGUGUUAAGCAAGUCAAGUGUUAUGCAAACUAAUACUUUUAUAGAAUGGGAAACUGAGAAAGCCUUUUAAACAAUAUAUGGAUGUCAAAAAUUGUGCAAUUUUUACUGUUGUUAAAAUAGUUUAGAUUAAUGCUUUUACAUUAGCAAAAUGGAAACCAUUUUCUUUGUAUUUUCUAAGGCAGUGGCAAUGAUUUUUUGACGUAAUAUUUUAAUGUAUGUUCUGUCCUGUUCCAGCUUUAAGUAUGUUUAUUAUGGGUUGGCUGCUACUUUAUCGGCGGAGUGCUGAUUGUAACAAGAAACAAUGUUUUAAAUCAUCGCUUCAUUCAUUUUAUUUAUAUACAAUCAUGUAAAUGUCAUCUAGAUGCA